AUGGACAUGCUGAAGGGAUAUUACGAGUCUGUGUACAAUGCGAGUUGGCACCAUGUCAUGGAAGUUCCUGACGGCGAGGGGACGGGAAUGGAUGUGGGGGAGGGGGAACCACCGCAGUCAUGGACGUACAGGGCAGUUGGCCGAACUCUCGAAAGGAAUGACGCUGUGCAGCAAUCCGGUGCAGCAAGUCUCAGGCUGAUGGUGCUCACCUCGGAGAAGGGAUGGCCGUACUCGUGGAAUGUGCUGCAUGGGGCUGGCAAUGACUUGUGUGUUAACUGCGAGGUGGAUCGAGUGUGGCAGAUCGUCGAGCGCGAUCUAACUAAGUGGUUCAGCAAUUUUGAUUUGACUCUCAAUUCUUCACCUUUGCCGCGUGUGUUGAUUGGGAUGCCCGGGAUCGGGAAGUCGAUGAAUGCCGGCUCGUACCUCCUCUACCAGCUGCUGCACUACGAUGUGGAGAAACUCCAAUUGGUAGUCCACUGUUUUGGAAAAACGACGUACGUGUUUGACAAGACCAGCAGGACGGUGACAAAAUACAUGGGUAAUAAAACAUCCAGCAGUGUUUUGGGUGGUUUGAGGCAGCGUGGGGUGAAAGGGUACAUUAUUUACGAUGUGGCAAAGGAAGGAACACCGCCCGACACGGGUUUUGCACCCUCCACUGGAUGGGGCAUGAUUGUGGUGUCAUCGCCAAAGGUAAGCAACUAUGCUAAAUGGGCGACGCAAGUAAAAGCCAGUCGAAUCAUCAUGAAUUGUCCUGAGAAAGAUGAUGUGAAGGCGAUGUGUGCGUGGAUGAAGCGAGGUCUGAAACCAGAUGAGCAAGCGGGAUACUGGAAGAAGGUCAAAGAACGCAUGGAUAAAGUGGGGCCGAUUCCACGUUACAUCUUUGAUGAGGAUGAUUAUAUUGAUCGCAUGGGUGCCGUUAAUGGUGCCUUGUUGGCGAUCAAAGAUACUGAUGUUGAAGAGUACUUUACCCUGGGAGGAGAAGAGAAAAAAUGGUAUUCUGAGUAUCCGUGUCAAAAACUUUUGAAGGUCGUCCGGGCAAGAAAAGUUGAAGGUGCUGAGGGAUUUUUCAACGCACCGAUAUGUUCUGAUAUCGAGUUUCGAAUUGCAGACCGUUUGGCAGAGAAAAAGGGUGCGAAGGAUUUUUUAUUGCUAAUAAUGGCAUCGCGUGGUACUCUUGUUUCCCAACUUCUGGAACAAUUAGGUUUGCGCGCCUUCAUGUAUGAGGAGUUUAUCAGUGCAUUAUUAAAGGAACUCAAUGAGCUGCCGCCACCAUCGCCUUCCAAACCACGGUCCUCGGUGCUGAAUGUAAACCAUCAAGGGUACCCCACUCGUGCCGUUGGAUUAGAGGAACUGCAGGGUGGUGUCACGAGGAUUCCGAUGGAGUACGGGGUGCUGUACAUACCGGCGGUCCAAAACUUUCCGCUGGUGGAAGGCUUUUUCUUUGUUGAUUCGCCGCGGAAGACGCUGGUCGGGCUGCAGAUGACGACGGCGGGUGAGCACCACACCAUACCCAGCACUGUGAGGCUGUUCAAAAAUAAUAUGGCGACAUAUUUUGAGGGUUGGGAGGAAUUAUCCCGAGACAUGUCGUGGGAGAUGAUUUAUAUACAACACGAAAACAGCACAAUGAUAACGAACUGGCAGAGAUGCGGUCCCGUCAAUACCGAAAAUUUGAGCGACGAUGAAAAAGAGAUUGUGGCGUUCUGGGACGGAAGGGUACACCAAUACCAGUUUAUGUUAACACGUGAUUUUGUAAAUAAAAUCCGAGAAAAGUGA